CCUCCACGGUCGCCCCAUUCCGUUCUCGGCAUCACAGCGUACAGCAUUGAACUCGACGCACGGCGACAAGGAGCGCGACAACGACCACCUGCCUCUCGGUGCUCCACGGAUUGUAUAUCUGUCUCUCUCUCUUUUUAAUCUUCUCGUUGCCUGACCGUCUCUCGUUCGUCCCCGUCUUCGUUCGUGCACGCUGCUGCUCCUGCUGCCUGCGAGAGGAGGACGAAAGAAACAGGAUAACACAAGCCCUUGUACAGGAUAACACGAGCGAUUCGAUCGGCGCCCGAAUUCGUCUGUUUCAAAGACGUACAAACAACAACGACAACAACAACAACAACAACAACAACAAUAACAACAACAACAACAACAACUGACUGAAAGAAUAAUCACGCGCGCGGUGUUCGACAGGUGCAGGAUAAAUCGUUUCGUCAGCUGCGGCGUGUGGCUCUGGCAGUGUGUCACUCCGUUCUUUCGCUUCGUUGUUUCACGCGUGUUGCAGGCCCGCUCGCUCCGAUCUUGCAGUGUCCGCGAGUAGCGACAUCAUCACGACGUGACAAGUGUGUAUCGCGCGCGAAUGUAAGCCGUGUUGCUUGAUCAAGAGGAUCGGUACGUGUCGUCGUCGAGCUGCUCGAUCGUCGCCAGCUGUGAAUACGAUCAUCGCGUUCACGUCGCAGCCGUCGUUAACAGUGGCACCGAUCUGUGCAGCAGCUGUCUGACGAGCGAUCGUCGGCUGAAACGGGGACAGAUCGACGCACGAGAACUAUCACGAAGCGAUCGCGACGUUCACGUCCAUCGAAAGCCGUGGUGAGCAAGAUACACGCGCGUGUGCUGAGAAAGCGCGAGCGUCCGACACGAGACACCGUCGGUCUCUCGAUUGUCAGUUCCUCUCCUCGCGGAGGAAGGCCAUAGCGUUGAUCGCACGGCACUCGGUACUCGCGGCAGUACUGAGUGACCUGCAGCACCCAGCAGUCAUCGAAAAGUGUACACGACGGCGGUCACCACGUACAUCACGCCGCUCAUCACUCCAGAGAAGAUGGUGACAAGGACAAAGAAGAUAUUCGUCGGUGGACUAUCGGCACCGACGACGCUGGAGGACGUGAAAAACUACUUCGAACAGUUCGGCCCGAUCGAGGAUGCCAUGCUGAUGUUCGAUAAGCAAACCAACAGGCACAGAGGCUUUGGCUUCGUCACGUUUCAAAGCGAGGACGUGGUCGACAAAGUCUGCGAGAUUCAUUUCCACGAAAUCAACAACAAAAUGGUCGAAUGCAAGAAAGCACAACCGAAGGAAGUGAUGCUCCCGGCGAACCUGGCGAAGACGCGAGCGGCCAACCGAGGCGCUUACGAUUUUAUGUGGUCCCUGGGAGCAUUACCUGAUGGUUUCCCAGCGGCGGCGUACGCGGCAUACGCGGCAAGCCGCGGCUAUUCUGGGUACCCUAGUUUCGGACUGCCCUACCCGACAGGUAACCACCUUAGCCUUAACCACCUUAACCACCAUAAUGCGGCCCACAUCGCGCCCUUGAAUCUGAACUUGAACCUGAUACAGGCGCAGCCUGCCCCACAUCAUAAUCCGCCUACCCCCACACCGCUCUUCUACCAUCCCAAUUUGGACCUCUACAACGCCAUGCCUCUGUGAACUAACUAAUUGUAUAACGUGUCUAAUAACUAAUCUCGACAUCGAGCUAUGCGCACAUAUCUCUAACCAAAACAAAGAAAACGUAAAAAGGAAGAAGAAAAAACAAAGAAAGAAAGAAAGGAGAACUCAUCCCCAUUGCUACACCAUUUUACUAACUGUGCUCUCGCUGGCGCUACUCGUCGUCGUCGUCGUCGUCGUCGACUUAUAAGUACGAGAAUCGAGCGGGUUACACGUGGGUGUCGGGAAAUCAAGACGUGGGGGGUAACAACGUCAGAAAUUAGCCUCGGUUCGAAGGAAAGGGCACGUUACCAGAUCUCGUGCGCACAAAGGUCUCGAGAGGCAGCACGGAGCCUUUGUUGCGGGACCGUCGGUGUCGCGCCGGCUCUCGGUCGAAAUUCGUUUCCGAGAACAAUGGACUCCACGAGCGCUCGAGUUCACCGUUAGAUUUCACAGCUAGACGAAUUUCGAACGAUUGGUUAAUCUCGAUACGGGAUUUCCAAGUGCUUCUUCGAAGUAACCAUCGACGUGAACCUCGAUGACACGCGGAAGACGAGAAGACGAUCGAUUUUUCUAUGAACACAUUGUGUUGAAUCGGGCGUUUUCUCGCUAAUUUCACUCAUUGCCGUGUAUUCUCUUUUUAUUUUUUCGUUUUGUCUCGAACGCCUCAUGGCCUCUAGAUACGCGAGACGAAAUGCGAAAUCGAGACCUUAUCGGCCAUUCGCAAUGUGUUGAGAAGAUCGACGCGUGUUUCGUCGAUUCUGCUCGCACUUUAGACGGGAAACGUAUCGUUUCGAUCAGGCGGCCUGUGUUCAGACACGGAAAGAUAUCGGAAAAUCCGUUCUCGCGACGGACUUCCGUUCUCGGCGACAGGACACGGCGAAUUAAGUGAUGCAAUGUUGCGUCACAGACCGACGUUCUAUCGGGAACGAUACGGUUGUGCGCUCUGUACGUCCAACGCGAAGGACGUUGUAUAUUAUUCAGCAACGUUUGCUCGGACUGCGGCGAUCCUCCACUUCCGGGACGAAGUUUCGAUUCGCCGGAGCACCGGGCAACCGGUCUUCACUCGAUACGAAGAGAGUGAUGAACGUUGUACAAAAGUCGCUAUAAAUUAUCGUAUCGAUAUUAUCUUGUCGAGUUUAAGAUUUGAGAUAAUUCAGGCGAUUCUCAAGGAGGUGGCGAUUCUCUAGCCAAUUUUCUACCCCGUUCCGUGCUCAUCGCGGCGAGACAUUUUAAAAAACGAUCGAUUCGUCUUCCGACGAUUUACGACUUUCUUACUCAUUGCGGUGUGUAUUUGUUUAUUAAAAUUCGAAACGUUUGGGUGUAAUCUGUGUCUAGUAGGAAUUACAUUCUAACGUUUGUUUAACGUUAAUCAUUUCUUCGUGGAUCAGAUGACGCAUUGAUAUUUUAUUAUUUUUCAUACGAUCCGUGAAGAAACCAGCUGCAACGCUUGCGAUACGUCAGAGUGUAAUCCACAUUGGACACGAUUGAUUUUAAUCUUAAUUGACGAAGAAACACUUGUAGCCUCGUCACUGAGCGAUUUAUGUGAUAAGUUUCGCAAAACCUUAUGCUGGAAAAUUUAAGCUAUGGAAAUCAUAUAUUUAACGAGUGUAUUUAUCCAAUAAUUAUCAAUGAAUGUAUACAUCAAAUUCGCUCUUAUUUUUUAAAAUUCCGCAGAAUAUAUUUCUAGAUUCGCUUAAAUCAAAGUGAAAUAUAUUUGUACUUUCAAGAUACGGUUGAUUACCCAAUCACACUUUGCAUUGCAAGUUCCGCAAGACGUAACGCAACUCGUAUUCUCGCGCGAAGAUGCCGCGGUAAAAAUGUAGAUCGAAAAAAGGGGGGGAGGGAAAAUUCAAUUCCGGCGAACUAGGACAAGAUAAUGAGAGGCUGAUGUAUGGGAAAAGUUACGUCGUUAAACCAACCCUGUGUUUCUUACCGUCUGCGUUCGCUAGCACCUCGCGUGCCUUCGACUGUCAAUAACAAACAGCUCCGUUGGUAUGGAAUUUUCUUUCAGAGCAUCAAGGCUUUGCAUUCCGCGAAACGCUUUAAAAUUGCUUCUGCUAAUCGAUUAAUCAAUUUCAAUUACCUUCUCUAUCUCCUUCCCUCUCUCUCUCUCUCUCUCUCUCUUUCUACCCCUUACAGUAAAAACCGUUAAAGCGUACGUCCAAUCAGAUCGAUCAGGUUAGACGAACCUCAUGGAGGCGGGCGGCCAACGAGCAAAAUGAAAAUUUCAACGAAUUAGUUAAAAGAACGGCCACAAUACGAAUACUAUCCUCUGCUAGUAAAUAAAUUGUAAUAACUCGAUCGUUAUUAACUGGCUAACCUUAAUUUACGCGAUACGAUUCCGCUGGAAAUCAUCCAUGCAUGCGGAUCGGGUCCGAGACCCGAUAUAUAUCUCGUCCCUUCGAUACGCGACUUCGUACGAGAACACGGCGUUGUCGAAUUUCAAUUGCUACGUUAGUUUAAAUCGACUGGCUCGUCGGAUCGAUCGUAAUUUAAGAUUAAUCGUGCGGUCGUGGAACGGGGGGUGAAAUGUCAUUGUUAAUAUUACGCGGAGGGGUAAGCCGGGGUAGUGGCGUAUCGAUUGCGAACGAUAUGCGAGCGAACCGCAUCGUGGUUGACCCUGCACGCAUAGAUAUACACAAACGCUGGCUAGAGCAAUUAAUAGGAAACGUUUGGAAAAUGAACGCGUCCAUAGGUCGGGCGUAUCGGCUGAUCUAAAUCGAACCGGUUGAUUGGAGGUAGUUGCGGGCAAAGUUUUCGGGGUCAAGCGCCCUUCAUGUUGAAUUCGGGACUCGAAAUGAAAAUCCGCAGCACCGGCGCUAUCGGCCGGGGGAAGAAGGACCAAAAUGGAGUUUCCCAACCUGUGUCGUUUCCCUCCCGCCGGUAGCCGGCCAGCGCUCCAUCGAACUCGGAAUUUCGCAGCAGAGCCGGGGGAAUUGUAGCGCUUAUUGUUCGGCUUCGAUCGGCUCGCGAGACGCGAAAACGACCCUCGAGAAUUUAAAGCGGUCAUCGACUAUUCCCAUCGAUUUGCUACCUCGUUCUAUACCUUCCCCUUCGUUCUAUCACCGUUCCAGCGGAUUUUUAUUUUAUUCGUUAAUUAUUUCUCUCUGCCGUACGUUUGCAGUCUCGUUAUCGUAUUUUCGUUACUCUUAAUUUAAUCGGCACACACACACACACACAUACACUGUUUAUCGAACGCUUGUCGUGCGUUGCGUCGAAACGAUUGUUGCGUUCAAUGAGCUACUAAAUAAGUGUUGAAACGACCGCGUUCGCGAGCUACUAAGUACAACGGAUCUACGCGCAAACAGAAAGAUGUACACCACACUAAUCACGUCCUUUUUACGAUGGGCUUUCGCAGACGUAACAUCAGCCUCGAGGAAGCUUCUUUCGAUUCCCGUAACUACGUCACCCUCUUGCCCUCUUGCACUUACACGUCUUACUAGCCCCAUUUGUUCCCUUCUAUUUUGUCCAUUUCUAGCCAUUUGUCUGUCUUGCUCGUCUUUCUCCGCGAAAACCAUCUCUCUGUCUCUCGCUCACUCACUUUCUCUCUCUCUCUCUCUCUCUCUCUCUCUCUCUCUCUCUCUCUCUCUCUUUCACGCUGUUAUUCUGUCUUUCUCUCUCUUUCUCUGACUGAUCUUCCCCCUUUUUUUUUUUGCUGCUCGACGAAGAGAAUUUCAAGGGAGAAAAGUUUCCAACUUCUUCGUUCCCGCGCUCUGUGUCUGAUCCACCCCCUCUCGUCCCCCAACUCGUGAUGCUACCCCCUUUGUGUUAAGCAUGGCACGAAAGUAGCAAAGCGGCAACUUAUAACGCCAAUAGAGGCGGACAAACUGCGACAGGUGUCCCAUGCACGUCGACCGGGCGUAAAUUAGCGGCCAGGAGACAGACGUAGACGCUGCUACGUUGAGAAAAGAAACGUCGUGUGUGUAUAUAUCCACUGGAGCAACGUGUAUAACGCGAACGUAAUCUUGAAUUCUCUUUUCCGAUUCGAACCGUUAACUCGAUAUUUCUGUGUACAGACAUCUGUGUAUUAUAUCUUCCUCUUCAAAGUACAUCGAUUCCAAGCACAAUUCGCGUGAAUGGGCAGAAAGAGAGCUCAUAAAUAAUGCAUAAUGUUUUUCGGACGUUGGCACAUCCCUCAGAAUCAUCCCUCCCUGUCUUUCUUUCCCCUGGCCGUUUCGAAAAAAAGAAAGAAGAAGAAAGGAAGAAAUCGGCAUAUUUUUACUUUCCUCCAGAGACCGUGUGUCCCGAUGCUUCCCGGAAUCGCUUCCAAUUUCCCUGGUCGCCUGCCUAUUUAACGCAUUUGAAUAACCUGCCGAUCCAGGAAGAGGAACGAUUCGUGCGAUCACGAACAUCCCCUUCCCUCGGCUAUUCCCCUUUCCUUUCCUCCCACGCUUUCUCUCGCGUAUUUUUGCGUAUGGUUCACGAGGCAUGGCGGUAGAAGGAAGAGAGAAAAAAAAAAAAGAUUGCGAAUAACAGCCAACGAUGAUUGAUCACUGGCGAACGAAAACCCACCCGCCUUAAAGCCGUCCGUAUAUUCCCAACGUCCGAAAAACAUUCGUCGGCGAAGCCACCCUCUCUCUCUCUCUUUUUUUCUCGUUCUUUCUCUUUCUCUCUCUUUCUCUCGUCGAAUAUGAAAAAGAGGGUCGGCAGCGAUACGCGAAAACGAAUUUCCUCCAUGCUUGGAGAGGAUAUUUCUCCGGGUGAGAUCGAAUCCACGCGUCGGUAUUUGCAUUCGAGUGAAAUUCUCGUUCGACGAGCACUUAGACCCGCGUUAGACGAUAUAGAUUUCUCUUGGAGGGUCGGAGGUCGGUUGGUGUUGGUGAUUUCACGUGAAAUCGCUCGCGACGGAACUCGCUCCGCUCGUUCGACGUACUCGAUCCAUCAAGGAAGAUUAAAAGGUUUCCACGUGCCAGUUCUUUGUCUCUCCGGCCGAGAAAUUUUAAUGUGACGAGAUACAUCGACUGAUGGACUAGUUUCCAAUGUUGGCGUUUAUUAAAAUACGAGUCAAUACGAGUUUUGCCAUGGCCACAGUUUUGGCUUAGGCCUUUGAUUAUAUUAAAUUUAUAUAAUUCUUUUGGAAAACUCAAAGGUAGAAAAGAAUUGAAAGGUGUUCAAUAUCCAGAAUAUUUAUCGUAAUAUCUAAUAGACGAAGUAAACCUUUCUCGGGGUUCUAAUUAGUCUCACAAAAAUGUGAAUUUGCAAUUCUCUGUUAUACUUUAGUACAGCAAGUAUAUUUGACGUUUCUUUGCGUUAUAUAAAUCAAUGCCAGCCUUUGUAAUAAAAAAAAGAAUAAUGAAACAAUUUCGAAUCAUUUUUCAGUAUUUCAGAAAAACAUCGCGAAUAUACUUAGUAUGAAAUCUGCUAAUCUAGAUUUUGAAAAUUAUUACGUGGACCGCAAAGGGUUGAAUACACGUUUGAUAUUAACAGACACUGCCAUAGUGUGACACUGCACUGUACAUCGUCGUCAAACUGACACGGUGAUUCAUUUAACAACGAAAUAAUCAACGGAUACAUUGUAUGAAUUCUAAAGUCUAUAAUCCUUUAUUUAUUGAACUCUCUUGCUAUACCAUCACUUAGAUCGUGAAAGACCAAGACAGCAGCUUUCAAUACGAAACAUCGACUCCUUUUGCGAACAACGAAAUAGUAAAUUUUAUUAUAUAUCAUACCCGUGUAAUCGUUCUAAUCGCAGAAACGUUUGAACUCUGCAACCCGGCAAACCAAUAACCCUGGCGAACGUUCGAAACUUUGGCUAAUUCAGCGACGCGGGAAUAAUUCGCCAGGACCGGCCACUAGAAACUAUUACGUUUCUCCGACGGGCUCGGUAUACGCCAGGCGAGGUUGUCGCGUUCGCGAUCGAAUCCCACCGAGCGAAUAAGCAAACACAUGGGACACCGUGCUCGCAGUUUCUCCGUAACGACGUGCCAGUCGCGUCUAACCUCUAGUUUUGUCACCUUGCGGUGUGUCUGCGUGCCAGAUGUCGAGCAAUUUCCUGAAAACUUGCCCUGUUUACCAGAGAAACCGGAACGUGUGCGAUGUUGCGAUUGUUCCUAACCUAAACGCACCGGAGAGAAAGGGAGGAAGAUUGUUUGUUGAGAGGAGAGACUGUUGUUGCUGCGCGCGAGAGAAAAAUCAAUUUGCUUGGCAAGAGAAGAUUUGAAUUUG